AUGCCCUCGCAGCAAGCCACAUUAGUCGAUCCACCUCAAGCCGCUCGAGCGGCUGGAUCAGAGAAUGAUGUGUGGGUUUCUUGGACCCCCGGAGUGAAGGGUGGCGGCAGCCGAGGCUCUGGUGACUCGACAACAACAAGCAGUGAACUUGCGCUUCGAAGGAGGAAAGUAAGAGCACAGGCGUCGAGAUCGAGUGCGCCACAACGCAAGGCCACCAUGGCCGAGAGGCUCCAACGCCAGAUUCGUCAAUCUCAGUCUGCGUCGCCUGAUAAUCCCCGAGACGUCAACCGGGUCCUCAGUCAAGCCAAAAGUCUAAUCAUGGCACUAGAGACUACUGCACCCAUGAGCAAGGAAAGCGUCGAUUUCAAGAAUUUUGUGCAGGUCUUGCAUCAGCUUGAAGAUCAAGCUCGGUGGCUGCGGGAAACACUGGACCAGACAACUCUCUCGCAACAAGCCAUCAGGUCACUCUUAGGCGACGCCAUGACUAUCAGCCCGUCACUCUUCCAAUCGACCUUGUUUGUCUCGGGCACGUAUAGUAACACGUGUGGACUAGCUCCGAGUGAAGUUCAGCUCGGCGUCGGUAUGUUGUUCAUGCGAGGGAGUUCGCUGCAUGCGGUCAACGAAGCACUAAAGGCCGCUACCGAAAAAGAGCAUUGGACGUCAAUGGCAGUGGCACUUCUAGCAGGUUGGGAAUUGCAGUUUGGGGACAAGCAAACAUACGAGAUACACAUGGAAGCAUGGCGCCAGCUCUUUGACGCACCUCCCGACCUGCACGAGAAUAGCAUAUCACUACUGCGAGACGUUGCUUUUGAGACCCUCAGAGAACGACUCAACCAGCUUUCGGCGACCAUAUCAAAGGCCACCAUCCAGCGAGCUCUGCCGCCCGGCUUCCUGGUUCUGGGGGCUACGCGACCGGAGACGAUCAGUCUUCUCUCCCUCACGCAACAAGCCAUGCAAUACGACCUGACCACGGACAACCCUCCCUCGCAUAUUCGAUAUCUUGGUUUGCAGACGAUUUCCUGGACUCCGCAUCACAGCGACACCCUUGUGCCAUCUCCAACAUUCGAGGGCGCCUGGGAGCAGCAGGAGCUCAUUGCUCUCUACCACCUUCGCGCCGCUCUGAUAUCUAUCGUCGCCCUACACUCGUACCACGCACACACGCUUCACAAUGCAGUCUCGUAUCUCGACAUCAUGCAUGCCACGCUGAUACAUGCUCAAUCCUGCCAGCAUCUCCGGACACAGUCCUUGAUCGGGACAAGGUAUCAGUCGAUGGCACUAUGGGCCCGCUACGUUCUGUGUUCGAUCUCUGAAGUGCCCGGCUCCGAAACGCUGCUUAGACACUGGCUGAUUGGUGCUGGUAUCACGACGUGGGAGCAGAUCAGCAGCCUGCUGCGUGCACACCUCUUUCUCGGCACCUUUGCGACGUCAGCGCAUCAUCUCUACCUGAGACUGUUUGGGAGGCUUGAGGUGGAAGCUGGGCUACAGACCUGGUGA